AUUACGCUCUUCACUAUUCAAAAGUUACAAAAUUUGUUAUUUAUUUGUGCAUUUUAAUUGAUUAUUUGAUAAAAUAAAUAUUUUUGUCAUCUUUUAUUUUGUAGAACCUUUGACGUAGUUUAUAAAUAUCGAGACACGCAUUUCAUCUUUCCCAUUCCAUGUCUAGGGUUUCAGAGCUCCUAGCAAAUCCUAAACUCAUUCUCCAGUCAUGGUGUGAACUUGAGCUGCUGUAGUUGAGUUAAAUGGUAUACAAUGCUUCCUUGGGGUCAGUAAUUGUUCGAGCAACAGAUCUUGGGAUUUGUCAACCUUCACAUGCUGUAACAUAUGCACUGGGAAGACAGUCUGUUCGAAGUUUGAUUUCAACUAGAGACAUAAGCAUUUUUCUCCGGGCUUGCCUAUAUAGAAUAAGGAAAAAUAUGAUGGUGGAUACUGGUUCAACAUCUAAACAAGAACCAGUUGUGGAUGUUAAUCCUGAGAAGGAUGAUGAUACUGAUUAUGCUAGCGGAGGAUGGAAGAGUGAAGAUGGAAGGUUGAGUUGUGGUUAUUCUAGCUUCAGAGGAAGGAGAGCGAGCAUGGAGGAUUUUUAUGACAUAAAGACUUCUAAGAUUGAUGGAAAGACAAUUUGUUUAUUUGGGAUAUUUGACGGCCAUGGAGGUUCACAUGCAGCUGAGUAUUUAAAAAAAAAUCUGUUCGGGAAUCUGUUGAAGCAUCCUGAGUUUGUAACAAACACAAAAUGUGCUAUAAGUGAAACAUAUCAACAAACGGAUAAGGAUUUUUUGAACUCCGAAAAAGAUACCCUCCGUGAUGAUGGUUCUACUGCAUCAACAGCAGUUUUGGUCGGGAAUCAUCUAUAUGUUGCUAAUGUUGGAGAUUCAAGGACCAUCAUCUCAAGAAAAGGAAAAGCAAUUGCUCUCUCUGAUGAUCAUAAACCAAACAGAAGUGAUGAGAGAAAGAGGAUUGAAAAUGCUGGUGGUAUUAUUAUGUGGGCAGGCACUUGGAGGGUUGGAGGGGUGUUGGCAAUGUCACGUGCCUUUGGUAACCGUAUGCUGAAGCAGUUUGUUGUGGCCGAACCUGAGAUUCAGGAACAAGCUAUUGAUGAAGAAUUAGAAUUGCUUGUGCUGGCCAGUGAUGGGCUGUGGGACGUAGUACCCAAUGAGGACGCAAUUUCCCUAGCAGAAUCGGAAGAGUCGCCCGAAGCGGCUUCCAGAAAGCUAACAGAGACUGCAUUUACGCGAGGCAGUGCUGACAACAUCACCUGCGUGGUGGUGAAGUUUCAUCACCAGCACAAGAUGACCGAAGCUGGGGAGGGAAACGAAGAGGGGGCCGCUGAUAAUAACUUGCCAAAUUCGUCUGCAGAGAACAUAUAAAUCUUAGAAUUGGAGGGGUAAUUUCCAGCCAUUCAGUCAAGUUCUUAGCCCAAGUCGAAGCACCAAUGGCGCCGCCAGUCAUUUGUUCAUUCAUUUUCUUUUAUAUAAAAUUGAUCUUUUUUCAUGUCAUAUUUUUUUCUUCCCUGUAAUUGGACUUGUCGAAUUGUAUUUGCUUGUGAUGGUUUGUAUCUCUCUCUCCCCCGUCUGUAGAGUAAAAUUUCUGAUCAGUUAAACACAAACGGCGCGUGUGGUUCAAUUUUUCAAUAAACACGUUCGAUCGGGUUUUACCGAUCUGAUUCAAUAAACGUGCCAAAACUAUCGUUUGCCAGCUCCGUCUAUAUUAAGACUUUGCACGGGGAUGGAAACAGAAAUACUCCAUCUGUCUAAAAUAAAGCUAAUGUUCAGUU